AUGGCAGACGCCUGCGAGUUCAAGAACCAGAUCACCGGCGAGGUGACUAUUCCUCCUCGAAGGAAAAGGGAGACUACACUUGAGGACGCUGAGACGCAGACGUCUAAGCUGAAGGUCAAAAUCCACGAAGUCCAGACGGACGUCAGCUGCUUCCAGGUGUCGGAUCAACUAGACAAGGGCGUUGGCACGGAGCAGCGGUCAUCUCAGGCGACACUAGAAGGGUUGCAGUACGUGUACAGCGGGGUCCCCCACAAUGAAGCGGAACUCUCCACGUUCCUGGAGCAGUCCAUGGACAAGUUACUGGCAAUUCUGCACCGAAAUGCCACGAGUAGCGUCUUCGACGACUACUCCCCCUCCUGGUCGCGCAAGAACACCAAACUCUCCGUUCUAUAUACCCUCACGUCACCUGCAGCCAAAGAGCACAACUUGGAGGCGUUGGGGGUGGCAUGGAAUGCUCAUGGUAACAUUGUGGCUGCUGCCUACGGUCUCAUGGAGACGUCGGGCUGGUGCCACAAGAAAGGCUACGUGUGCGUGUGGAACCUGGCUCGGCCAGACCUGCGGGAGAAUAGUCCACAUUACACACUGGAGAUGAGGACAAGCGCCACAUCCAUUGCCUUUCACCCCACAGAGCCGUGCAUGCUGGCCGUCGGAACCUACAGUGGUGAGGUUGUGGUGUUCCCAAGCGUGACCGAGAGCGUUCCACAACAGUACUCCUCUUUGGCGUCGGGGGUCGCUCACACCGAGCCGGUUACGGUACUGCAGUGGGUGAAGAACCCACAGGAGCCCCGGCGAGACCAUCGGUAUGUUUUGUGCUCUGCGAGUCAGAGUGGGCUCAUUAUUCUCUGGAGUCCGAUGAACAAGCUGUCAAGGCCGGUCGCCGCGUACAGUGUGCGGAGCCGCCGCCACCUCACUGUCGGCAUCACGGCACUCACCUAUGGCGGUGUGCAUAGUGAGCGCGGUAUUUACUCCCCUGCAUUGGACGGAAUCCUUCUCGUAGGUCUGGAGAACGGUGAGGUAGGCUGCGGUCGCACAUGGCCAUUGCCAAUUGGGACGAACUCCCAAGAAUCAUGUACAACUGUCCCUCUUGAGCUGGACUGGCUGGAGAGUCACUGUGGCCCGCUGCAGUCGCUCAGUGCAUCCCCCUUCCUUCGGCACCUCUUCUUGACCACGUCCUCGGACUGCAGCGCGCGUCUGUACUCGGAUCUCGAGCGCUCUCCUCUCCUCACCCUCGAGCCAUCUGCGGAGACGAAGGGCUACCUCUACGACGGUCAGUUCAGCCCGUUCCGGCCCUCAGUAGUGGCAGUGGUGUCACGCAGCUCAUGUUUGCGCGUGUACGACCUCCAGAGGGACCAACUCGGGCCAGUGUACACGGCGGCGGUGCCGUCUGAAGGAGGAGUGCUGAAGGUGGCCUUCAACUCCGCCGCUGAAUGGCUGGCCACCAGCGAUGCGCGCGGUGUUGUGCAAGUGUGGCACCUACCCACAGGGCUGUCCCAGCUCACUGAGCUUGAGCGUGCGGCUCUUCGCGCCAGCCAACCCACCCGCGACGGCCCCAAGGAGGUGCAGGACUCGACUGCUCUCCUCAGCCUGUUCGGGUCUCGUGCGUAG